AUGUCGGAAGCACUCGACAGAAGCAGCUUACUUGGUUGUCAGUCGCGAGACUCGCGUAGUGGAUCGGUAAGCUCGGAGCCGAACAGCAACUGGCAAGUUUCACAAGCAUUCGAUCUUCCGACAGAUUCCUUCGAGCUCCUCCGCUGGGGCGAGGACUGCCGUUGGGAGAUCCCCAAGUUCGGGGAUGAGCGGGGACACGAGCGUAGUCGAUCGGAGGGAGAUAUCGUCCCAGGCUCGCGCUUCCAACCGGCUGUCGAGUCAUUAGAACCGACCUUCGAUCUCAACGGAACCGUUGUAGGUGAAUACCCUACUGGGAACCAAGCCGAGAUGACAGACUCGCGAAGGAAGAACUUGUCGUCCAGGGGAUGGCCGGCUGAGGACCGGGAUGGCGAAGAUGAGAACGCUCCGUUCGAUCCAACCCGCUCCAAGUUCGUCUUGCAGGCCCUCCCAACGAAUGACCACAACAAGGUCGAUGGUCUCCAGCCCAUCUGCUCAAUGACCACCGAAGGCCCAGUGAUGGCCUCAUUCGCACUCCCACCGGACAAUCAACAUGAUGCCAUCAUGCUUCCUCGUGAUACUUCCAGGUGUCAGACAUCCGACAACCAACCACUCAGCACGACGAGGGCGAAUGGGUUCAAGAUCAACUCGAGUAACAUUGGAACUCUCAAGACCAAAAAGACUCCAAAUCGGAGCCCAAGAACCGGUAACAAUGGCGGCAGAUGUCGUAGAUUGGCUCCCGCUAAUCGAGAGUGUCCUCAUUGUGGGGCUAAAUUCACAAGGAACGAUCGACUGAAUUAUCAUAUCGAUAGUAUCCAUGAACAUAAAGAGCCCAAAUUCAAGUGCGAAGUCGCCAACUGCUCGAGAGCUUUCCGACAACGCUCCGAUCUCGUCCGUCAUUCACGACACGUCCAUCACAAGCCUUGAUCGAUCCUCCUCUCAUCUCAGCCUUUUUUCACACUUAUAUCAUCUAUAACAUUCUUAAAAUAACCCCCCCCCUACACUCCCCCAAAAAAAUUUACAUAUAACAAAAAAAAAGAAAUUUGUGGAUAAAUAUUAAUAUGUUAUAUACACUCAUCGACGAUUUAUUUAUUGAGAUAUUUUUUCGAUUCUUGGUUUUUAUUAUAUGUAACUGUUCGAGAUCGAUUCUUUGAUUCCUUUAUAAAAUAUAUAAGUUGUGACGAUGUCCUCAUCAAUAGUUUAACCCAACCCUCAGAUUAUUAUCAUGAUUAUUUCUAGUUUCUUAGAUAUUACUAUUAGUUUUGAUGAUCUCCAUCAAGAAGAUCCUCACCUUCUCUUAUCCUUCUCUUUAUCGACUACAUAAACUCGACUUAACUUACUAGUACAUCCACACCUUGUAAAAUCAUUCAAUCGCUUUAUACUCUUGGUCGGUUAUAUAUCUCUUUCUAUUCAUCAAAAAGCUUGAUUCAGUUUCGUUUAUCAAAUUAGCUUGCUUUAUCUUUUCACUUCAUAAACGUUUUUAGUCUACCAGAAAAAAAAGAAGAAGAAAAAAAACCCUUGAUGACUUUCUUAUCAUUCCUACCUCAUAGCUUCUCUUUGGUUCGUUUUUGUUCCUCCCUUUGUUCUUCUUUUUUUCUUUUAAAAGAAUACAUUAUUAUAUAAUUUAUUAUCCAUUAGUCGGUCAGGUUUUAGUUUUAGUUGAUUUGUUGAAGGAACACGAAAAAGAGUUUUGUUAUCAUUAUACAUAUAUACAUACACUAUUAUAUCAUCUUAAACCUUUAUCAUCACUAUCUGUUAUUCUGGUUAUCCGUUAUCAUUAUUAUUAUUACCGUCAUCAUUAUCAGAGAAAAGUUAUCACGGACUCUUUU